AUGUGUUCGUAUUGUGGGGCUCAAGAGAGACAAGACCGAGUGAGACAAGAACGAGAGAGACAAGAACGGGAGAGAGAAGAACGAGAGAGACAAGAACGGGAGAGACAAGAAAGAGAGAGACAAGAACGAGAGAGAGAAGAGCGAGAGAGACAAGAACGAGAGAGACAAGAACGAGAGAGAGAACGAGCAAGACAAGAACGAGAAAGACAGGAACGAGAGAGACAGGAACGAGAGAGAGAACGAGCAAGACAAGAACAAGAGAGACAAGAACGUGAGAGAGAAGAACGAGAGAGAGAACGAGCAAGACAAGAACAAGAGAGACAAGAACGCGAGAGACAAGAACGAGAGAAACAAGAACGAGAGAGACAAGAACGCGAGAGAGAAGAACGAGAGAGAGAAGAGCGAGAGAGAGAACUAGAGAGGGAAAGGGAGAGAGAGAAGGCUAAAAAGCUACAAAAGGAAAGACAAGAAAAGAUGAAAGCUGAUUUACGGCAGAAAAUUGAUUCCCGAGACCACAAGAUGGCCGAAGUCAAAUCAUCUGAAAUAAACUGCAAUGGUAGCUUGGAUGCCGAAUGGCUGGAGAUCAACAGUUUCUUCUCUCAGGUGAUGAAAAUUGUGGAGGAUGCUAAAGAGAAAGCAUGCCAGGCUCUGGAGGACAGGAGACGGAAAGUGAAAAGAGAAGCACAAGAUCUCACCCAGGAGCUGCAAAGAGAAAUUGAUGUGCUCAAAAAAGCCACUGAUGACCUAGACAACAACCCAGACUUGGAGCUUUCUCCUGUAACAGGCCUGAAAGAAUCUGCUGACUGGAAAAAUUUAUGUGACAACACUUCACUCUCCUUCGGGACACUGCGAGGUACGACUUCAGCCAUGAUGAAGCAAAUUGACCAGGAAAUAGAAAAACACGCAUCCAAAGACCUCAAGAGGAUUUCUACAUUUGCAGUGGACGUGAAGCUGGACCCGACUUCUGCACACUCAAGUCUUGUAAUUUCUGAUAAUGGGAAAAAAGUGAGAAAUGGUGGAAAAACAGCAAAAGAUCCUGAUUCUCCCCAGAGGUCUGAUAUGUUUGGAAGUGUCCUGGGGCUCAACAGGCUGAAAUCAGGGAGAUCAUACUGGGAGGUGGAGGUCAGCAACAAGACCGGGUGGGAUCUGGGUGUGGCCAGAUGUGAUGGUUAUCGCAAGGGGAAAUUUUCAGUGAACCCUGACAAAGGUUACUGGGUUACUGCACAUUAUGGAGACAAAAAAUAUGCAGCCCGGACAAUACCGCCUGUGAACCUUUCAUUUAAAGGGAAACCUCGGAAAGUCGGGGUGUUUGUAGAUUACGAGGAAGGUCUCGUGUCCUUUUACGAUGUGAUGUCUCAGUCUCACAUCUACUCAUUUACUGAGUGUUCAUUUGGUGGUGAGAUCCUCCCGUACUUCCGUCUUCCUCUGAAACCAGAUGAGAAAAACAGCGAUCCUUUGAUUAUCUCUGCUAUGGAAAAGCAAUAGUAAUCACAUGCACAGGUUUUGGAGCAAUGCAUCAGUUAUAGGCAUUAUAUACAUUAAGGUGGGAAUUUGAUUGCCUGGGUUUCCAUAUUCUUUUCUUAUAAUAAUAACAUGAAUCAAUGAAGGUACAAUAAAGGCAUGGGUUUUAGAGUUUUCUUUUAUGCACUAUAUAGCAAUGCUAGCAAUGCAAAUGUAUACAUAUUAUGGGGAUGCACUCUAAAUACUGUUAAUUACGAUUAUGUGCAAAGAUGAUGAUUUAAUAAGUCUUCUCUUGUUAUUGGUUGUGUUCAUAUAAACCAGUGUUUCCCAACCUUUUGGAGUCACAGCACAUAUUUCACAUUAGAAAAAUCCCAAGAUCCACCACCUAUUGACACCCUGCCAUAUCUAGGUGUGUGUCAACAUGUUAAGGUUGGCACGUUAAGCAUGUUGUUUCCAGAGCUGCACCUUUCAACAAAAUCCCAUAUAUUUUACUUGUGAGCAAUUUGUUAUUUCAGCCUUAUAUUCGUGUGUUCAGGUCAAUCAGAUGUUCAAAUAUAUCUGCCAGAUACGGCAGUCUUCUAAUCCACUCGUCACUUGAGAGUAACUUGACAUCCUUCUGAUUUGUGAAAAACACUUUAAGUUCUUGAUUCUUGCAGUCUUGGCAACAAGUACUUCCCCAUGCAGAAAACAAUGCAUUGAAAUGACAUUGCUCUUUCAGUCUGUUUACAAAUCCUUUAGUGUGCCCAAGCAUGGCAGCUGCUCCAUCGGUGCAAACAUGUAUGCAUUUUUGCAAUUCAGCAACUUGUUAUCUUUAAGUGCUUUAUUGCUCUUAUUGGUGGUUUUCCUCAUUAAAGCUGCCUGCAUCUCAGUCUGUUCACGCUUGAAGUGAUGGGUGUUUUGUCUGGAGAUGGUGUUUAAGUUUGCUUGGAACCGUGGCACUGUUUGACUUCCCCGCGCACCAGGCGUAGCAGAAUGGGCUCAGUUGAUUCUCCAGUGUAUGAGAAUCCAAAGGCAAGAUAAUGUUAACUGUAUGGUCAUGAGUUUACUUUUUCUUUUGCUUUCUUCCACUAUUAAUGCCGGGGCCAUCUGGGUUGGAAUUCUCUUUAGGACCCAGGUCGGAUUGACUACUUUUUGUUUUCAGUUAUUUAGUAAUCGCUAUUCCCUGCAGUGUUGUCUCACUCGCAGCAUGACUUUGUACUUUUCUAUUUCUUCUUCAUCUUCAUCUUGCUGGUGGUAAGGGCAGUAAAUUAAGUGGAUGUGGUGGAUGAGAAUGUAAAUGUUCUGCCUGUCACAACACGCCACUGGCUAAGAGUACCAAUCAGGUGAAAUUGGAUAAACUUCUAUGGCACACUUGAUGAUUUCUAAUGGCAUACUUAUGUUCCGUGGUUGGGAAAAGCUGAUUUUAACCACUACCUCAAGCAUUUAGUCUAGAAGAUGCUUAAUUCCACAGAUCCUCCUUGUUACUCCACACAUCUGUUAAACAAUUUGUCUCACUGGGCAUUUUAGAUACUGUAAACUGAAGCUUUUUCAACUGUAGUCUACAUGAGUCACUUUAAAUAAUCCAUUUACAGCAUAUAAGCAAUAUGUUUUACAUAGAUAUACACAAGAACAAAUAAACUUCUAUCUAGGGAAUAUUUUUUAAUAUUUUAACUGGGUUUGUAAUGAUAAAAGAAUGAAAUAUGUUUAAGAUUUUAGUUUUAUUUAUUUUGUAGUUUGAAUAAAUCCAAACCUUAAUGAAACCAGCUGUAUAUUGUCUCCUUUACUCUUCCUUCAGCCCUAGGAGUGCAGUGGAUCAUUAAAGACACAUAAGGGUUACUUCACAUGCAUGGAUCAUUAGUUUGUCAGUUUGUUGGUGGGGGCAGCAGCAUGACCGCGGGGCCUUCAAGCAACAAAUUAAAGUGAGCCUUAAUCAAAUCCAGAUGAUUGGUUAUAACUAAAAGAUAAAAAGAGGAAGCAAGUAAAGGAUGUUGCAGUACUUUUAACCCACCAGAGCACCAGGUGAUAUCAGUCCUCCACAGCAACAAGGAAAGGUUCACGGUCAUCCAGAUCAGUGCAGCGGAAGUACCUUCAAUUAAAGGCAACUGGACUGCUUUAAGUUUCUUGAAGUCAAAGUCAAAUGUAUUUAUAAAGCACAUAUAAAAAAACAACUGUUUACAGGUAAAAUGAGAUUCAUUGUCUUGAUCACCAUCAUCGUCACUGUAGCCCUUAUUGUCGGGGGCAGCAGCAUGACCGCACGGGCUUUAUCACCGUGUCAGGAAAAAAGUCCAGAAAGUCAUCAUGAAGAAUUUGUAAGCAGACACAUCCUUCAAGAGGAAUUUGACAGAAAUUCCCUAGAUGCUUGGAAAAGGUAUUUGAAAAAAGAACACCUCUGGUGCAGAACUACAGUGCAGUCGUUCCUCAAUAAAAGUGAUCUGGAGAAUGUGAACAGAAUCUGCAGCAGAGACGGUCGACGCUUAAGCAAGACGGAUAACUAUGCAGGGAACUUGUGCAUAAGCAACUCAGAGAUGCUGAUAUAUGACAUCGCAUCCAGGAAAAGGAACAAAGACUGUAAAAUUAAAAUUGGUGCAAGGAAAAGGGUUGUGAUUGUGGCAUGCAACAAGGUUGGAAACCAAUGUCUCCCUGUUCAUUUUCAGAAAUAUGAACACCAAACAGCAAGCAAUAUACCCUGCAGUCCUGCAAGGAAUUUCAGUAUUGUGGUAGAAUAGCUUUCCAUGGAUUAAUUUCUUUAUUCAUCAACUUUGGAUUGUGUUAGUGCUUUAACCCUUUAUUUACCAAGUAGCAACUUAUUUGGUAAUUUUGGCUGUAAAGGGGUCUGAAAUCAUACUAUAUGUGAAUGCUUUUGCCAUUUUCUUUUCAGAAUAACCUCAGCUUUCAAUAUUUGGCAGUCAUUCUACAUCACUGUAUUGUUAUGGCAAUGCAACAACAGUUUUAAGUGGGAAAAAAAUAAAUUAAAAAAGGAUCAGACUUAUAGUUAAGUGAAAACUGAUUUUCAACACGAACCAAAUGUAACACAACAUCAAGUUUAAAUAUGAACUAUACUAAAUACAGUGUAUAAAAAAGUGUUUAAACCUAGAUCACUUCUCUCUAGCUCAAAGAGUUACAGUAGUACGAAGCCCAUGUGGUAAAUUCUAGGCAGAGUUGAGUUUUCUUUCUGUGUUCAGAAAGCAUUAGCUUGUAAACGCUUUGUGCUACCAUAAUGCACUAAAUAUCCCCAUAAAGCUCAGCUUCUCUUCUUUUUGAAACCAUUCACAUUUUUUCUCUAGCAUAAACGAUGACACAAUUACAGUCAUUUAAAUAUUGCUUGGAAAAUGGUGAAUAAAGGGUUAAUGAAUUUUGCUUUAGUUUUCUUUUUGAUCCAUUAUUGAAAUAAGAAUCAUAAAGAGUUUGAUAACAAAUGCAGCAUCCAAAUUUCUAAUAUUUAAUCUGUGUAAGAAACAUCGGUUUAAUGAUUACUUCUAACUAGUUGUAUAAUAUUUGGAUUUUAGCAGUACUUAGUUUGUAGUUGUGUUUUUGACAGUAAGACCACUCUCACUUGUAUCUUUCAAAAUAAGAACUGAUGUUUUUGUAUUUGUAUCCACAAGAACAGAAUGGUGUAACUUUGUUCCUGUGUAUUAAAUAAAGUAGUGUAGCACAGCAACACGAUCUUGAUUUUGGUUUGCUACAAUAAAGAAAAUAUACUUGAAAUGUCUAUAAGUUUCUGUGUUUGCUUCAAAACCUUAAAACCACAUGAAAAAACCUUCUAGUCAAGCAAACAAACAACCGGUCAAACUUAAUUUACAUCCAUAUUUGUUCAUAAUCGCAAAACUCUACUUUAGUGGCAAUAAGUAGUUGAAAAAAACAUAGUUACAAUCUCCUCUCGUAUGUUUAUGUCAUAAAAGUCAUAAAGUGUUUUAUGUUAUUGGGCAUUUGUGUGGACUACUUCAUGAUAAGCAAAGACCAGCUGGUGUCUGCUGCGCUUCCUAUUUUUCUGCAUUAUGAUUCACCCACAGUGACCCAGAUUUUGAAUGUCACACAUAUAGUACAAGAAUGUACUUCUUCAAAUACACAGAUAAAACUUGGGAUGUUGGCCGCAGUCAACUUGUGUGAGGAAACGGUCACAUGUUUCCCUUCACAAUAAUUUACUGGUAAUGAAUGAAUAAGAAAGUUGUUUUGUUUUGUUUUUUGUUGCUCGCUCUCGGGCACCCUCCCUGGGCCUGGCUCCAGGGUGGGGCCCUGGUAACCCUAUCCCAGGCAAAAGCCCCCAGACAACAUGGCUUCUAAGAUCCCUGGGACAUACAAACCCCUCCACCACAAUAACAUAUCAAUUGGUGAAGAGGUCUUGUCAUGUCUGCAAAAUUGUUCCAAAAUGAAAGUUGUCCCAAGCAUGAGAUGUGACCUCGAUGUCAGCUUGAUAUUUCUCUUGAAGUCACCUGGACGACUUUGUAAGACUUGUUUAGCAAAAUAAGCCUUAUGUUAAGAAAUGACUUAUAUUAUCUUUAUAUCAAGCACUGCAAUAUGAAUCAAUUGAACGAAUACCAAGAAAAAAAGUCAAAAUCAUCACCUUCUCCUCUGAAUCCCACUUUUCAUUCUACCAACUACACAUCCAAGCCCUUGCCUCACAGUGUUGGUAAUGCUGUGCUCUGUGACCAGACUUCCAUACCUCAGGAGCAUCGUGAUAACAUGAUCAUUGUUGAGCCGGAAAAUCUUGCCUUGAUUUUGGACUAGUUUUAUUGUGUUUUUUUUUUUUUAUCUGGGAAAAGAUUAUUAGUCUUAAUUAAAAUACUAACUGAGGAAGACAGAAAAUCUUAGCGCAGAAAUUCUAACAGACUAGAGCACCUGUACCUGUUCAUCCGUCUCUGUCUCUCUAACUCCCUGUUCAUUUUCAAAAAUAUGAGAACCAAACCCCAAGCAAUGUACCCUAUAGUCCUGCAAAUAUUUUCAGUAUUGUGGUAGAAAAGCUUUCCACAGCCAGACUAAUGAUUUGUUUCAGAGUUUUGAUAAACCAGCAGAACCAGCAUCAAGACACAUCGCAUCCCAGUACUGGUGAACUACAUAUGUAAACCCACAUCUGUAUGCCUAUAAUACAGUUAGUUAGUCUCCUCGAGGUCUGGUACAGUAGUAAUGUGAGAAAAAUCAAACAUGUUCAGUUUCAUAUACUCAUAACCUGAAAUCAGUCCAUUUCCACUGCAGUUCUUUUUGAUGAUGCACUGUUUUUGCUUCCUUUUCUUUGCCUUUCGACUGUUUUGAUUCCUGUUAUUUGGAGAACUGUGAUGAGUUAUGACUAAAAGAUAAAAAGAGGAAGUGGGUAAAGACUGCUGCAGUAAUUCUAACACACUAGAGCAACAGGAUUAUCAGUUCUCCACAGCACAACAACAAAGAAAGAUAAAAUGAGAUUCAUUGUCUUGAUCACCAUCAUUGUCACUGUAGCCCUUAUUGGUGGGGGCAGUAGCAUGAUUGGAGAGCCUUCAUCACCGUGUCAGGACAAAAGCCCCAAAAGUCAUUAUAAAGAAUUUCUCAGCAGACACAUCCUUCAAGAGGAAUUUGACAGAAAUUCCCUAGAUGCUUGGAAAAGGUAUUUGAAAAAAGAACACCUCUGGUGCAGAACUACAGUGCAGUCGUUCCUCAAUAAAAGUGAUCUGGAGAACGUGAUCAGAAUCUGCAGCAGAGACGGUCGACGCUUAAGCAAGACGGAUAACUAUGCAGGGAACUUGUGCAUAAGCAACUCAGAGAUGCUGAUAUAUGAAGUCAUAUCCACAAAAAGCAACAACGAUUGUAAAAUUACAGUUGGUCCAACUAAAAGGGUUGUGAUUGUGGCAUGCAACAAGGUUGGAAACCAAUGUCUCCCUGUUCAUUUUCAGAAAUAUGAACACCAAAGAGCAAGCAAUAUACCCUGCAGUCCUGCAAGGAAUUUCAGUAUUGUGGUAGAAUAGCUUUCCACAGUCAGACCAAUGAUUCUGUGACAAACUUUAUUUGUUGCUAUACUGAUGAUUAAAAUUUCAUGAUGAGUUAAGAUUAAUUUCUAAAUUCAGUGACUUUGGAUGGUGUUAGUGGUAAUUAUGAAUUUAGUUUUCUUUUUGAUCCAUUAUUAAAAUAAGAAUCAUACAGAGUUCAAUAACAAAUGCUGCAUCCACAUUUCUAAUAUUUAAUCUAUGAAAGAAACAUCUGAUUGAUGAGCACUUCUAACUAGCUGUAUAAUAUUUGGAUUUUGGAACUACUUGGUUUGUACUUGUGUUUUUGACUGUAUGACCACUCCCACUUGUAUCUUUCACAAGAAAAACUUUCACAAUAACUUUGAGUUCCCUUUCUUCCUGUUUCUUAAAGAAAGAAGUGUAACAGGAAACGGUCUAUUUGCUGUUAGACAUACGCAAGCAAAUGUUUGUGGUCACUAUGUCCUCAGCCAAUUUAUUUUUAAUUUGUAAAUUCUUGAUUUUGGUUUGUGAAAAUUGAAAAAUAUACAUGAGGUGUAUUUAAGUUUCAGUGUUUGUCAGUUAAAUAAGUUAGCACAACCAGGCGAGACCAGGCCUUGGCUCAUAUGUUUUGAGGCCGGGGAUUUGACAUUACUGAGAAUCAGUUUCAGUUUUAAAUGCUGUUUCUUGCUAUAGCUACUCUGACCGUCCUCUGAACUUCCUUUUUUUUUUUUUUAUUAAAUUUUAGGCACGUAUUCUUGUCUUGGUAAAAUGUUCAUCAGCUGUUCUGACUUUCCAGCUUUCAUCUCAAUUAAAUAUAAAACCUUCAUUACCAUUACAUUACCAGGAACUUAUGAUAUCCUUACAGUUACUCAAAUAAACAUAUCAGAAACUUGUGUAACCUA